CCUCCCGCCUGCCGCAACCCCUGCCUGACGCCGCCGCCGCCGCCGUCAGGUUGUGCCUCAGACUGUCAGAUAAAGCGGCGGGCCUGGCCGGCGGGGCGGGGAGCACGGCCCAGGCCGGACAUGGCGGCUCUCUACGCCUGCACCAAGUGCCACCAGCGCUUCCCCUUCGAGGCGCUGUCUCAGGGGCAGCAGCUGUGCAAGGAAUGUCGGAUUGCCCACCCCGUGGUGAAAUGUACCUACUGCAGGACUGAGUACCAGCAAGAGAGUAAAACCAAUACAAUAUGCAAGAAAUGCGCUCAAAACGUGCAGUUGUAUGGAACGCCCAAACCAUGUCAGUAUUGCAACAUCAUCGCUGCGUUUAUUGGCAAUAAAUGCCAACGCUGUACGAAUUCAGAGAAGAAGUAUGGACCACCAUAUUCCUGUGAGCAGUGCAAGCAGCAAUGUGCAUUUGACAGGAAAGAUGAUAGAAAAAAGGUUGAUGGCAAAUUGCUGUGCUGGCUGUGUACGCUGUCAUACAAACGUGUCCUGCAGAAGACCAAGGAGCAGAGGAAGCACCUGAGCAGCUCUUCCCGGGCCAGCCACCAGGAAAAGGAGCAGUACAGUCGCCUGAGUGGCAGUGGCCAUUACAACAGCCAGAAAACACUUUCUACAUCUUCAAUUCAAAAUGAAAUCCCAAAGAAAAAAUCCAAGUUUGAGUCAAUCACAACUAAUGGAGACAGCUUUUCUCCAGACCUGGCUUUGGAUUCCCCAGGCACUGACCACUUUGUCAUCAUUGCCCAGCUGAAGGAAGAGGUGGCUACUCUGAAGAAGAUGUUGCAUCAGAAGGAUCAAAUGAUUUUAGAGAAAGAAAAGAAGAUUACAGAGUUAAAGGCUGAUUUUCAGUACCAGGAAUCUCAGAUGAGAGCUAAAAUGAACCAGAUGGAGAAAACCCACAAAGAAGUUACAGAACAAUUGCAGGCCAAAAACCGAGAGCUCCUGAAGCAAGCAGCUGCCUUGUCCAAGAGUAAGAAAUCCGAGAAGUCUGGAGCCAUCACGUCACCGUGAAAGACCGCAAGGGGACACUCCAGCGGCAGCAAAUGGGAGUCAGUCGUCAUGGGUUGGAGUUGGAGACCUGGCUGUUCUCUGGGAAUUGCAAGCUUUCUUAAGAAAUCUCUAUUUUAUUACAGUUAUCCUUCUUUGUGUGAAUGCCAUGGGCUGAAUGGAAACACCUGUGUUGUGACUGCAUGGGUGAGUGCUUGGGCUUUGAAACUCUAACUCUCUCUCUCUCUCUCUCUCUCUCUCUCUCUCUCUCUCUGCCCCAUCCCCUGGUCCCUCCCACCUGCUUCUCUCUCUUCCAGUUUCUCUACCCUGUACCUCUCCUCUGUUCUCUAUCAAUACUUCUCUCUGUUCUGUGGUGGUCACUGCUCAGUGUUAUGUGCAGAAUGAUUGUUCUGUCCAUCACUGCAUCCUGCCAUUCCCGUGAGCAAUUAGUUUGGUGUUAAUUAUGUAUCACUGCCACCUUCAGACUUCGUACAAUGGAAGAGGCUUUCUCUCAAAAAAAAAAAAAAAAAAGAAAGAAAAAGUGCUUCAGGGUAUAUAUUCUUGGGUUUUUUUCCAGGUAUAUUAUGUAUGAACUUUGUACUAUGUAUAGCCAGAGUUUUAUUUAUUUUUUAAAACAAACUUUUUCUUGAAAAACAAAGGAGUAAUGGUAUAGCCUCGUUGGUUCUUCUUGUAAAAGCACCAUCUCUUGGAAACACACACACACAACAGUCCUGUUCUCAAGCUUUUAGUAAGAAGCAGAUCUUCUGUUGUCCCCUUGGAGUCUCUGAAAACUGCUAAGGUGAAACAACUCAACGCAGGCGUGUGGAGCUAAGUGCCUUGGGGAGGGUUUCUCGGGAGAGACCUGAGGGAGGGAGCCGAGGUGGGAGAGUCUGUCCUUUGGAGGAAGGGCAGAGCAGAGCUCGUCCAGGUUGUACUGGACACGUCCCUCCCCACCUCUUUCCUGCUUGUUUCGUAUGAUUGAGUUUAAAUUCUCACACUGCCACUUGUUUUUAAGAGUACUUUUACUUCUUGUAUCAAUUACAUAUUAGGUUGUUGGGCAGGCUUUUUGUUUUUGUUUGUUUGUUUUUUUACACAUGAAUAAAUCCAACAUCAGCUAACAUGUGAACUGUAAGAGCAUUUCUGCUCAGGAAAUGGACUCUGCAUCUGCUUGGAAGAAAUGCUGUCGCCGUACCUUAUCCCCACUUCUGCUCACCCAGCCCAGCCCAUACACUCCUUGCUUUCAAUGGAAAAAAGAGGGAAAAUGGACUCAGCCAGAGGAGUGUGUGCCUGGUCUUCCCCUUAGCGUCCAGGAAGGGGGAUGGGUCUGCACUUGGCAGCUGCUCCCUCAGGUCCUCUGCGAGUUAAGGAUGGGCUGGCGUGUGCCACGCAGCAGCCAGGCGAGCUACGCUGCAGUCAUCUAUUGGAGUACCUGAGAGGAAGAUGCUGUUGAGACAGCAGGGACAGAAGUACCCUGACACUGGGGCAGUGGCCCUAACUUGCUGGAAGGAUCCUAAAGGCAAAUGUGCUCUGUGACUUGUGAGCCUCACUCAGCGUUGGACAGAGAUGUGGACACAGGUGGCUUCCUUCCAGUGGGAGAACAGUGGACCAUGUUGCUUCUCUAGCACCUGGGGGGUGGGGUAGGGUGGGAGGGAGGGGAUGCACUUUUACCUUAGGAACAAAGGACAGGUCAGCACUCAAUACUUUUGUAACUUUUUGAAUGAGACACUUUUAGUUAAAGAUCAACUGUCAGAUAAUAUUUUUCAGGUAUUUGCAUUGACUAUGGGGAGAAGAUUUGCAAAAAUGAGUCAUGGUUUUUUGUUUCAAUUUUAAAGACUGAAAAACUGUUAUGUGAUGUAUAAACAAGGUAACACGUGUUAAGUUUUAUACAGAUUCUUUUUCUUAAAAGUCUUGGCAUUUAAUAAAAAGCAAAUCCACACAUUUUCUAACUUUCCGUAAAUUCCUAAAAGGGAAAAAAGAAACCUCAGUCUUGAAAUUUUGAUUUUUAAAAAUCAUGACACUGUUUACCAUGAGAUUGAGUAGCUAACUUUUUGGUAACACCUUUUGUUUCUUUGUAUGUUUGUAAUAAUGGACAUUUUAAAACAGGAAUGUUUUGGUUUGUACAGCCUUUGACAAAUGCGUGUUAAUAAAAAUUCAUAUUGACUCAA